CUCAGAUUGUGAAACUGGUGCUGCAUCGCACAAAUAUGACCAUGUACUGCAAGCACGCACAUUGAAUCGACCAAAUUCUAUUACUACAGUUUACAUAAACAAACUCUAUCUACCUCAGGAAAGUAGCGCAGGCACCGGCGGUAACGGUAGGCCCCGCUUCGAAACGAAAAACCGCACCAUCUACGCUCGCGCGGCCGGGUACCCUUGACCAGAGAAGGUCCUUUCGAUCCUUGCCUUUCUGCGAGCCUCUUCCGCCUUACAAGCUCGACUGGCCACCAUUCUCUGGAUACCUCCCGGCGCCAGCAACGUUGGUUCCCGCACUCUUCACGUGGCUAUCGAACGCGAUGGGCAUCCUACAGCGCAUUUAUGAUUGGCUGUUAAGCUUGUUCUGGAAUACGGAGCUCGACAUCACCAUGAUCGGCCUUCAGAAUGCUGGCAAGACGUCUUUGCUGCGAGUGUUGGCGGGCGGCGAGUUCACCAUCGACUCAAUACCUACUGUUGGGUUCAACAUGAAGCGGGUGCAGAAAGGUCAUGUUACACUGAAGUGUUGGGAUCUAGGAGGCCAGCCUCGAUUUCGCUCGAUGUGGGAGCGGUACUGCCGAGGCGUAAACGCCAUAGUCUUCAUCGUUGACUCCGCCGACAGGGAGGCUCUCCCAGUUGCCAAAGAGGAAUUGCAUAUUCUUCUGGAGAAGCCGGCCAUGGAAGGUAUCCCUCUGCUGGUCCUUGGCAACAAGUCCGACCUACCCGACCAUGCAACCGUGGACGAGCUUAUUGAGGCGUUGAAUCUCAAGACUGUGACGCACCGAGAGGUGAGCUGUUAUGGUAUCAGCGCGAAAGAAGAGACCAAUCUCGAUGCUGUUCUGCAAUGGCUCAUUGCCAGGGCGCAGAAAUAGAGGCCCGCCUUCGCAUCAAGCGACGUGGGCGAUGAUGAAUACUAUCCUCCGCCAACAGUGCGAACGAUGAACGGCCGCAAAACGUAUCUACGAUGUCAGCAUGGUUUGCG